UCGCCGGCUGAGCGGCGGCGCUCGGCGGCGGCGGCGGCGGCAGUCGAGCGCGUGCGGCGGUCGGGGGUGGUACAGUCCGGUGUGCGGUGCCGAGCAGUGACAGACCCACUCUGAGAGCUGCGCUGUGGUAGCGGGGGACGGCCGGUGUCGCGGUGACCAGUGCCGGGUGAUGCGCGCAGAGUGACUGGCGGCCGGGCGGUCCCACCAAACCGGAGGAUGGCCGGGUGGCUGGCAGUGAUCACAGCCCUGUUGGGGCUACUGAGCCCCGCGCGGGCCAGCGUCAACCUGUGGGUCUCGCGCUCGGAAACCCGCGCUCUGCUCGGCCUGGCCACCGAGAUUUUCUACGUCCAGGAGGGCGUCAUCAACGAGUACGCCAUGAACUUCACCGUCAUCGUGCCGUCCAACAUCUCGGACCUGCACUUCAACUGGGAACGCACCACGCGCAAACCGGUGGAGUACAACAUCUCUCUGGAGGUGGCGGAUCCGUCGGUGCUGGACCGCCCCACGCUCAACAUCCGCUCUAGCGGCACGGUGCCGCAGGACCACGAGGUGUUCACGGUGCACCUGCCGUGCCGGCCGGGCGUCACGGCCGAGACGGACGUGCGCCUGCACAUCCACCUGCUGCUACCGCGCCAGCCGCCGCUGCGCCGCAGGAAGACCAACACGCUGCUCACCUUCCGGCGGACGCGCGUCUGCCGCAGCGAGACCACGCCGCCGGCCGAGCCGCCCGACCAGCGGCGCACAGAGCUGAUGCUCGAGGACGCGGCCGGGCCGACGCGGCUCGGCGACCCGCCGCCAGACGAGGACGCCGCCUCGUCCGGCGUGCUCUACAUGGCCAUCGGCUGCUCCUGCGGCGUGGUGCUCGUCAUCAUGAUCAUUCUGGCGGUGGUGCUCUCCAGGAACAGCGCCGCCAAGCGACGGAAGCGCGCACUGAGCGACACUUCUGGCGACUACGACACGACCCACCACUACAUGCAAGUACCGACGCCGUCGUACUCGUGCCACUCGAUCCGGUCGACCCACCACUACGCGUCGCUGCGCCCGCUGCCCACCUGUCCGUCGUACAGCAGCCAGAAGACGGUGACCACCCCGCUGGGCCCGGCCGUGGGCCAGACGCACAGCCUGGGCUCGCACGGCGGCGCGGCCACCUUUGGCCAGUCGCUGAGCCACAGCGUGAGCCAGGGACUGAGCCACAGCUCGGCCAGCUCCGGCCAGCCGAGCUCCAGCCACGGCUCCGGGCAGCGGGUGCGCGACGUCGGCGAGCGCGUCUCCGAGCUGAUGGUGGACCGGCGCCGCGUGGAGAUCGAGACCGUGCUGAAGGAGGGCAACUUCGGCAGGAUCGCCACCGGCUGGAUGGCCGACACGGAACGCGGCGAGAAGGAGCGGCUCAUCGUCAAAUACGCCUCCGAUCGAGCCUCGCCGGCUCAGGUGUCCCUGCUGCUGCAGGAAGGCCUCGUGUUCUACGGACUGCGGCACAAGAACCUGCAGUCCGUGCUCGGCGUGGCCGUCGAAGAGAGAGCGCCUCCACUGGUGCUGUAUCCCUAUGUCAAGCACUGGAACCUCAAACAGUUCCUGCAGACGUGCAGCUUCGGCUCCCGCAGCGACGUGCGCACGCUGACGGUGCGCGACGUGGUUGACCUGGCCGAGCAGGUGACGCAGGCGCUGCUGUACCUGCACAUGCAGAACAUCUGCCACACUGACAUCGCGGCGAGAAACUGCUGCAUCGACGACACCCUGCACGUGAAGCUGGCAGACAACGCGCUGGCGCGCGACCUGUUCCCGGAGGACUACUGCUGCCUGGCAGACAACAUCAACCGCUCCAUCAAGUGGAUGGCCAUGGAGGCGAUCCUCACCAACCAGUACACACCGGCCUCAGAUGUGUGGUCGUUCGGUGUGCUGCUCUGGGAGCUGACCACGCUCGCGCAGCAGCCGUACGUCGAGGUGGAUCCGUUCGAGAUGGCCAGCUUCCUGGACGAGGGGUAUCGGCUGGCGCAGCCGCUCAACUGCCCCGACAAACUGUUUUCCGUGAUGGCAGUCUGCUGGACCCGGGAGCCCGAGGAGCGGCCCACUGCCGAGCAGAUUCUGGAUUACCUGCACAGCUUCACCAAGCAGCUCAGCCACUAUCUGUGAGCGCCGCCACUUCCUCAGCUUCGGCACGCCGCGGCAGGGACUCUGUUUUACACACGACCCUGUUCAGCUUCCGCUGCCGCUGCUGCUCGCGAACGUGCACCAGCCUAUCAGCGGCAGGGCUGCCGUUGUCAGGCAGCCUGUGACGGUUGUGCCGCCGUUUGACGCGACGCGAGCUGUGGCACCAGUUCAGUGCAAUAUCGAUUGCAUGUUAUUUGGUGGAGACGAGAGCGACUUUCGACGCGGAUGUCAGUGCGGACUGCGGACCCUGUGAUAUAUUUAGGUGUGGUCCGAGGCCGGCAGCCGAGGGGCGCCAGAGAGCGGCGACCUCAGUCGCCGCGUGCGUGUUAUAUGUGGAUGUUUCUACCCCAUUUUCUAGUCGGACGCAAGGGGUGUUGUGGCGGAUAGGAUGCUGGUCAGAUCAGUGUAAAUCGGGUCAGUUCGUUGACCGACAGUGGAUGUUUUGUACUAUGGUGUUACGUAUGCUCGUUUCUUAUAACAAUGUGAUGUCACUAAACACAGACAAUGCUUUUUGCCGCCGUCUUCUUUCUUUUCACUAUCAUGGAACUUGGCUCGUGGCGCUGUAUUAUCAUCUAAAGCAUGUCUCCAAAUGUUUCUCCUCCCCCGCACGACCGAGAUGUCUUACCGACUGUUGAUGUUUGCUGAUCUGUGCGUUACAAUCAGAAAACUGUCGGGCAUUCUCGGCUUCAUGUGAAAAUGUGAAAAUUUACAACUCAUCUUUUAUGUGAUGGGGAAGUGUUUCACUACGUAGGUAAACGCCAUGCCCGGGAAGUGUGAAACUUGGUGCACGCGCACAUUCAAAUGCUCUCAACACGAAAUAUAGAUGGAUAACAAAC